UUUUUUCCUCUGUUUCAGAAUUUAACUAUAUAAAAAUAGACUUUUCAUACAUGACAGUCAGAAACUAUUGUUAAAUACAUACAACAUUCUUGUGUGGACAAGGCCUUGGAGUCUCCUGUGCUGCUCUUAUCUCUCUUAAUUUAGUUUUUGUUUUCUUUGGAGAGCUUUCACUCUGUAGUGAUGACAUCUGCCUGAACAGUGCAUCAGCUAAUAAGAGAGAGAUUGAGCUGUGCACAGGGGAAGGGACUAAGGAAUCUGCAGGGACCUCCGCUCCCUUCAUCCCACCUGCUGCACUGCAGGCCACAUGGUGCAAUUCAUCACCUCAUUUUUCCUGUUUUGUGGGUAGAUCUAGCCCUUUAGGGACCAGUAGCAUUCAAAUUUGCCAUUUUACCCUAUGAACACAAAUUUCCCAUUUUACCCUGCCUGUUCCUGUUCCACUCUAUCUGAGGGAGCUUUUCUGGUGUUUUCCUUCAGGUGACCUUUACUUCACCAUGAGAGUCAUUUUCCAAACCUUAUGCAACGUUCUUGAGCUGUUCUUGGAUAUCUGAUUUUCGCCUGUGUGGCUCCCAGAGAGCGUCUGUAAAAUGGACGAUGAUGAUGACAUUCCCCAGCUUUCAUCUCAUACAUUGGCUGCCCUCCAGGAGUUCUAUUUGGAACAGCAGCAGAGAGAGGGCAUGAAGACCUCCCAAGGGUUUAAUCAAUAUUCCAUUGGCUCAAUAGAAGAAGACUGGCAACUGAGCCAGUUUUGGUACAGUGAUGAAACUGCAUCAUGCCUGGCUAAGGAAGCAGUUCUGGCAGCUGGAAAAGGUGGCAGGAUAGCAUGCGUUAGUGCACCAAGUGUGUACCAGAAGCUGAAAGAACAGGAUGGUGAGGAUUUUUCUGUGUGUGUACUGGAGUAUGACAGAAGGUUUUCUGUGUAUGGAGAAGAGUUUAUCUUCUAUGAUUACAACCACCCUUUGGACUUACCUGAAAAUCUCCUGCCACACAGUUUUGACAUUGUGAUAGCAGAUCCACCCUAUCUGUCUGAGGAAUGUCUUCAAAAGACUGCAGAGACCAUCAAAUACCUAACAAAAGGAAAGAUUCUGCUUUGCACAGGUGCAGUCAUGGAGGAACAGGCAGCAAAGCAUCUUGGUGUAAAGAUGUGCAAGUUUAUUCCAAAACACUCACGAAAUUUAGCCAAUGAAUUUCGAUGCUAUGUGAACUAUGCUUCUGGACUGGACUGAUUCUCCUAAGAUCAUCUACAAAUCUACAGCUUUUUCAGUGAAGCUUCUUUCUGUUUACUGUCAGUUAUGCCACAUUUCUCAGGGCUGACAUAGUUGGCUCUGAGUACCGUUUUCUGGGAUAGCUGGAAUCAACACGGUGUGAUAACCUCUCUCUUUUCAAUGAGUAAGCGUUUGCAGUUACUGUGUUUUGUAUGAGGUAAAUGCAGACCAAGCAAUGCAGGUGCUGGAUAAUGGGAACUUCUUUGUUAGAGUUUCAUUUUAACUGGCAGCUUUUACCAUUUGAGGACACAUCAGUGACCUCUUUGAAGUGAUUUUAGCUUAUAACAACACAUAGGUGUUUGCCUUGCAGGCAUCAGAAUCAUCAUUGCCAAAGAAUGUAAUACUUCUGGAGUAAUGUGACCCACACAUGUCUCUUAAAUCUUGAAUCAUAAUGGCUCUGAUUAAAUAUAAUGCCUGCUUUUUAAUAAUUUCAAUAUCAAACUAAAGAGGAUCUACAGGUAUGUCAAGUUACAAGAAUGGUUACAAUUUUUUUUCCCAGUUGCCUGGUUUUAUCUCUUUCUCUUGUUCCACAGACAGCAGCAGAGCAUUAGAAUAGAAGUAUCUUAAAAAUCUUUGAAUCUUACAAGGCCACUGAAGAAUAAUAUAUUGAUAAAGUCCCACUGUUUCAAAUAGAAAAAUGUUAGAUUUUAUAUUCAAGGUUUGGACUAUAUUUCAGUCAAAAUACAUUGUAAAAGCUUUGCUUUGCAUAAGUAGAAUUUUUGAUAACUGGGGAUUUUAAAGCCAGUUUUGACUAACCUUUUGACUACACUACUGAAGUAUUUUUGGGUGGAAAUUAGUACAUAAAUUUCAAGGCACUCAACACUUUCAUAAUCUCUAAAAACACUCUACAAAACACAAGCGCUUGUAUUUGUAUGUCAUACUGUGUAAAAGUUAGCAGAAAUGCUGCAUCUACAAGACAAAUCAUGUAAAAUCAAGUACUAAAUUUAUUUGUGGUGGGAAUAAGCCUAAUUAAGCUUGUGAGAUGAGACUUUUUAUAAGGCAGUGAUAACUCAUGUUUCUGCUGUUUGAAUGCAGGUUUUGCAAUCUGGUGGAGUAAAUAGCUGAGCAGGAAUAACAUAGAUGGAUUCUAAUCCUCUCUCAGUGCUCAGAGAAUGGUGUUGUCUGAGCUGAACACAACAGUGGUUCAUAAAUACCCACCCAAUCCACUCUAGCUCUUCUCCCCAUUUUCCAAGAGAUCUGUUUGCUUCCUAAGGCUUUUCCCUCCUCACAUUUUAUACCUGUCACCUCCUCCCUGCAUGCGGUGUUCCUGGCCUCCAUGGUAACAGUUUUCUCCCUCUUUCACACACCUUGGUUUCUGUCAGGCUGGUCACAAGUGUUGUUAAAACAGGGAAAGUGCAGCAGAAGAAGCGCUCGCAGGGAGAACAGGCACCGGCCUCUCCUUUCUGCUGCGUGACCCAUACACUCUUGCCUUUCAAAGCAUAUGCCAUCCUUGCUGCUGAGCCAGAAUUCCCCUGAAAAUGACUGUCCACAGGUGAAAUACACCUGGGUUUAGUUGUUUUCUGGGAGGCUACAUCAUCACUUUCAUGUGGCCAGUUUGAAAAUAAAGCAAACCAGAAUGGUAACUGCGUAGCUCUUGGCACUAACCUGUACUUUAAACUGGUUCAUUACCUCAGUGUCUUGCGCACCAAGCAGAUGGAGACAAUGAAGGAACUCGUGAAACUUUGUUUUUAACUGCAUAGAGGCUUCAAGUGGGACGGGUAUGAUUGCCAGAAGGGAUGAUACUGUUCCCCUGCCACCCACCUAAAUUAGAAUGUGCUGUUCAAAUCGAAGCCUCACCUAUUUUGCUGCAUUAUUUGCUUCAUUUUGGUAAGUGUGUAUUAUUGGGCUCUCCAUAGCAGAGUUAAAAGUCAACUUUGCUGACUUCAUCAGAGAUAUUUCUUAAAAAGAUAAAAAUGCACCAUUCAGUUGUACCAAGAAGUUCGCUUCCAGGAAAAUCACUGCUGCUUCUCACAUGUAGGUCAGACUGCUUUGAAAAGGGGCACUGUGAAGAUGCAUAGUUAUGGAACUGAGGGUGAAUGGAAAUCUGUGCAGAUGCACUCAACAGAGCAGCCCGUUGCCCACCAGCCUCCCUCUUAAAAGCCUGGGGAGUGCAGGCAGCUGCCCAAGCAGAGCUUGACUAGUGGCAUUUACAGCCUUCAUCAGUGAUGGGAGGUAAACUAUUUUUGUCUUACUUGAUUCCAAGAAAGUAGCUGUUUCUGAGAAGGGUACAAGUCACAAAAAUCCAUAGUGAAUUUGUGUUUUGUGCCAGCUUGAUAACUUUAAGAAAUAGUAUGUGACAGCAAACCCCUCUUUUCUUCUGUAAUAGGAUUGUGAAUAAAAAUGUCAGUGUCAAGUAGUGACUGAC